CUACAGGGUCUAUAAAUAUAUAGGGCUGAAGCUCUUCUAUCUCACAGAUGCCUGAGGAAGAGCAUGGAGAUGUCUCAACUGUCUUACCCUAUACUGUGUUAUCCUCCUCCAGAGUAUUAUACUCUGUAUAUUGAUCCUCCCGCCUAUGAGCCUCCAAACCCAUCAUCCACAACAUACUCUGAUUCUUCACUGCCUCCAUAUCAACCUUCUCCUCAAUCCUCAGCUUCCAUAGAGAGGACUUCUGAAGGUUCUCCUCCAGACUACUGUGAGCUUUCACUGCCAUAUUGCAUUAACAACGGUUCUUCUCUUCAUGCACCACCUCUGGAUCCUGUUUCAACAACAGCUGAACUGCCUCCUCCAGGCAACUAUGAGCUUCCACCACCAUAUUGUAUUACCACCCAUUCGUCUCUUCGUGCACCACCGGCUCCUGCCCACCAGCAGCUCGAGCUCACUGUGCAACUGAAGGCAAACAACAGCUUCAUGUUAUUUUGCCUUUUCACCUUUAUUUUCUUCCCCCCAUUUGGAUUGGUCUGCAUCAUCUACUUUUGCAAGGUGAAAUGGUUUAUCCAUAGAGGAGACUUUGAGAAGGUGAAGACGCUGAGUGUGACUACGAAUCAUAUAAAUAAAACAUUAUUUUUGUUCAGCCUUCCCUUGGGUGUCACUAUUUACACGGCUAUACUUCUUGUCUGCGUUUUGACCAGUAGAAGUGCAUUAGCCACACAAAAGAACGCUACGCACUACAUGACGGGAAUUGACUUUUCACCCUAAUAAUAUGUUGCCAGAGGCAUUGGUAACUUCUAGUAUUAUUAUUUAUUAUAUUUUUUAGUUCUUUUACUCCAAAACAACAUCCAGAUGUAACUGUGCAAUUGAUUCAAUGUUUGUCUGUAUUUGUACCUGUCUCCUUUUUGUUUCCCUUUAUUCUGUAACUUACUGCAGGGGAUGAUAAUCUUGUACAGGCAUGGGAUCCCUUAUCCGGAGACUCAUUAUCCAGAAAGCUCUGAAUUACGGAAAGGCCAUCUCCUAUACACUCAAUUUUAUCCAAAUAAUUCCAAUUUUGUAAAACAAUUUUUUUUUUCUGUGUAAUAAUAAAACAGUAGCUUGUAUUUGAUUCCAACUAAAAUAUAAUUAAGCCUUAUUGGAAGCAAAACCAGCCUAUUGGGUUUAUUUAAUAUUUAUAUGAUUUUCUAGUAGACUUAAGGUAUGAUGAUCCAAAUUACAGAAAGGUCUGUUAUCCAAAAAACCCCAGGUCCUGAGCAUUCUGGAUAACAGGUCCUGUCCCUCUACAAUAAUACCCCCAUGCUCAGAGCCAGGGCCGUACAGAAUGGGUUUGCUGAGAUGGGAAGAAAAAGGAAAGUACAUUUAAAAGUCGUAAUCACAUAAAAACAGAUACAUCCAUUCUUUUUUUUGUGAUUUUUUUUUAAACUGAUAAAAAAUGUUUUUGCUUCUGAGAUUAAAGGGGUGGUUAACCUUUAAGUUAACUUUUAGUAUGUUAUAGAAUAAUUCAUUCUAAACAACUUUUCAAUUGGUCUUUAUUAUUUAUUUCUUACAGUUUUUGAAAUUUUUAUCUUUUUCUUCUGACUCUUUCCAGCUUUCCCCCCAACCCCCUCUGGCCAACCCCUAUCACAGCCGCAACCUCCCUCUGGUAGGUAGGUAGGCAGCGUCAGACUGGGGGGCCCAGGACCCACCGGGCCACAGCUUCAGGGGCCCUCCACACCAUCCCCAUGGCCCCCAGCUACAAAGUCUAAUCUGCUGGGAAACCACCUCCUUCUCCCACGCAUGAGCGCAUGCAUAACUUUUGCCAGUGGAAGGUAAGGAGGAAAAGUAGGGAGCAAGUCUGGGCCGGCGGGCCCUCGACAUACAUAUGUGCGCGCAUGUGUGCAUACGUUUUUGCAGCACGUGACCGAGGCCCAGGAGGUUAGGGGGAAGUGUGGGGAGCGGGUCUGGCCCAAAAGAGCCUGGCCCACUGGCCCAGUCCGACCCUGUAGGUAGUUAGAUUUGCGGUACCUCAAGUAGGGAGCAGGUCUGGGCCAGCAGGGCCCAUGAGAGCCGGGGCCCGCUGGGUUUUUUCCCGGUGCCCCGCCGGCCCAGUCCGACCCUGGACAUCACUGACCAUGCAACCAAGCUACAUUUGCAAUUACUCAUUACAGUCUAGAGUCAGAGGCUAGAUUGUCAUCGUUAUUAUAUUCUUUUUUAGGGAUGCGCCAAAUUUUUUUCUAAAUUCAACCAAAUAACGAAUCUUUCAAAAAAGGAUUAGACUGAAUCCCAGAUCCUAAUUUGCAAAAUUACAAAUUAACACAAUUACAUGAUCUAAAGUCAAAUCAUUUUAAGGGUUCAGGUGCUAGGAUUCGCCGGAAUCCCAAAUCGAAAUUUUAUUACUUAUUUUUCAAAUGAGCCGCUCUCCCA